GGUAUCAACAAGUUUAUUUAUUAACUAACAGUUUAGCCCGCAACCAAACGCCGUUCAGCCGUGUCGCUGGGUACAUGUAAAAAAACGAAAUACGUUAAUCAGUGGUGACAGUGUUUAUAAAGGAAAAUGGCCGCAUUUGUUGAAAUCAAGAUCAACUUAUUGACCUGUCUGCUGUUCGUCAUGUGCCUGGCAGUACUAGUCCGGGAAACGAACGCGCGACCUCCUUGGCUCGCUCCCAACAGCGGCGUCUUCACGGAGUCCGCAGAGUGUCACACAGACGACGAGUUACUAGACCUCUGUCAACGUUGCGCUAAGCUCACAAAAUCCAGACUAGCAUACCCUGCCUGCUGUUCGACCGAUUUGCAGGCCCGAAGAUGGUGUUCCGACUACGUUUACUUCGGGCGAGGACAAUAUGAUUUCUACUAACCACUCACCAAACAAUAAAGUUUGGACUGUUGAAGAUUCGAGACUCGACGCGAAAUUUCGCAUUUUAACGACUCAAAUGUUUCCUUGGAAGUAUUGGUGUAAAUAUGAGUUUUAAAAAACGAGACCAAAUUCCGAUGAUUUUUUUGGACUCAACGCGUAAGUAUUUUACGUUUCUGGGUAUAUAGAUGGAAUAUCGUACCUAAUUUUUUCAUUCUUUUUACAAGACACUAAAUUGUGAUAAAAAUCACAUUAAAGUAAGUAGGUUAUCAAUAACCAAAAAUGUAAGUUAUCUACUUAUAGAUUUAGGAGUUAAUACCUAUAAUUUGACAUUGUAUACCUUAUCAGGAGGAAAAAGAGGUAUCAAUUCAAAUGGGUUUAUUAUCUUAAUAUGCGGAAAUCCAACUAUUGUUUAGGAAGGAUACCCAAUGUAUACUUACUAUUUUAAACUAUUAAAUAUUUUAUAUUGAAAUCAAAUGACUGAAAGAUUACAAAUAUUGAAUAGAACAAUUUUAUUCCUAAAACGGGAAUAACUAUCACCCAUUGAAAUUACAAUCAUUUCAUGUGUUUAUCUCUUAACAUAAAAUGCAAUCUCCAAUAGUCGCAUGCUAAAUAAUACUGCAACAGACGCUAUUUAGUUAAAAUAAGUCGGAUUACCAAUAGAUAGCAAAGAGAUUUUCCAAUAAGUAAAGCUGCACCCUCUAGAUCUUUAAUAGGAUUUUGUCUCGAAAAGAAAGGAAUAUUUUACCACCACGGAGAGUAUAGAAAAAAUCUAUUUUUUCAUGUUAUAAACACAGACGCCUCGGCAACUUGGCAACACUGGUACCCCAUUCAAUGUAUUUGCCACGCGCCUUUACUGAUAUAAUUGCUAACAUUAAGGUUAGAUUAUUUUUUUAUUUAUCGUUAUAGUAUUUCAUAAAUUUCCUCUACCGAGACAGCGAGACUUUCGAACUUCGACCUUCUAGACCCCAAAUUAUCUCGCAAGGUCCGCUCAAAUCCUUCGCUUACCGUAAUAGAUUGGUAAUUUGUUUCCGAUAAUCCCCAGUUGCGGGCAUAAGAUAAUUUUAUUUAUUAAUAGAUUACUUAAUCAAUCAACACAUGGAUUGACGUAGACAUGAGCAGAAUGUAAAUUCUAUUAUUUAAAGCUAUUCAGAGCUCAUAAGUCGAAUUUAUAAUUCACAAAGCGCUGAGAAGGAGUGCAUGUAAGUACACUUGCACCCACCUACCCAAAAAAAUCACAAAAAAUAUAUCAUGGAAUAAAUCUGCAACAAUUGAAACUAUCGACUACAGAGGUUUUAUAAUAAAGUAUUUUCAAUAAUCUGCGAUUUUUGAAUUAAAAAAAAUAAAUGUAUUAAGAAGUACAGUCCGUAGGUGCAGAUGCACCUCCCUAUAACUUAUCUUGGCCCAUGAUAAUUGAAAUAUAAAAUCUUGUAAAUUAAGACCACGUAAUGUAAAAUCAACACGCACACUCAGACCUUUAUCCUUGAGCGAAUUCGUUCCUUAUGGCGAGUUUAUCGCCAUAUUCCAGCCCGGAGGCUAAUACUGAAUAGAAAAACCCUAUACUGCUCGGGAAAUAAACUCGAGACCUCAGCAUUGCAGGCGUACCGUAAUACAACAACGCUACCGUUCCCUUCCCUUCCUUCCAACCAUCCUAAAAACUCCUCCUCAUUCCUUCUAUCCCCUCCCUUCUUCCUCCCGGGCCCUAAGACCGUCUAGCUGGAGGCUACCGAACCUCCAGUGAUAGCGGUAGGGCCCACCAACUAAUCAUGGGGCUGCCGUGGUUGCUAAGCCGGGGGAUCGCCUGUACACCAUUAGCAGGGUACCCCCGGCCAUAAACAACGUUAUCGAGACACUUUUAUUGGAGGUUUCAUUUAUUAUACUGAUAAAUAUAGUUACGUAUUAAGCACGGAUAAAAUAUUGUUUCCAUAGCGAUAAUUGUUGUCAAUCGUGAGAAAAUGAUCUUCGUAUCCGCAUAUUUCUGGUUUGACAACAGUAUUUAAUAAUGUCAGGUGGUAAAAUGUUGGUCGCCAUUUUGUUUUUUUUUUAAUCUUGUUUAUUUAAAGACAAAGGGUUCAUCAUGAGAUCUACUACAUUCGAUGUAAUUGUGUCACCCCUUUGUUCUGUAGUAAAAAUGUAUCCGCACGAUGAAUACCUUUGGCUUAUGAAAAUUAAAAACGAGAUAAAUAAAGCAGUUUGCAAUGUUCGAAGCAGAGUAACUCUAUAAACAUGCUAUCAAAUAUAAUGUAAACAUAGAUAUCAGUCGCAUACUUAAAAUAUAUCUCUAUGCGGAUAUUGUGGUUAAUAACUACAAAUAAUAAUUUGAUAAGUACGUUAGGUAGUGAAAGUAAUGUGCGUUUUUCUUAGUUUUUUGUUACUGUGUUAAAAUGACAAAGAGUAUAUUUAGUUAAAGUAAGUCAAAUUCAAAAUUUUCCCAGUGAUGUUUAUUAUCGCUCUUGUAAUAAAUUUGCCUACUGCUGUGCAAUAUUUACCAUGAAUUAGGAAUUCGCCCGGCACUAGGUAAAUUCAUUACAAGCUUGAUGUAAAUUUAAAAAAAAAUAUACAAGGCGGAGACUUUCCGCAUGGAGACUACAUUAUGUCUCAUUCUUAUAUGAUUACCUAAUAUUUAGGUAAUAUAGGUACGACUUUCAGUCUCAUAUCAAUAAAAUUAAAAAAGGUUAUCGAUAUAUCAGCAUAACAGAUAAAGUAGGUCAGCAGUGCAAAAUAAACACAUGAGUUUGUAUACGUUUUAUAAAGCAUAUAGCACAAAAGUGGUUGAGAACGAUGCAAA